AAAGCAGAGCGAAGCGCCAUGUCCUCUGCGGUUCUACCAGCCAAGCCCGCGGAGCCCCUGGGCUACCAAUCAGCGAUGCCCCACUACAGCGGAGAGACCGAGGAGUACCCCCGGCCCAUCCAACCCCGGGCCUCAGGGGGCAAGGGCAAGCUGCGGCGACCCCGGCAGAGCCGGUUCAAGACCCAGCCGGUCACCUUUGACGAGAUCCAAGAGGUGGAGGAGGAAGGCUUGUCCCCCACCGAAGAGGAGAAAGCCAGAAAGUCCUUCCUGCAGUCCCUGGAGAACCUGAGAAGGAGCUCACACAGCAUGCAACUCCAAAGGGACAAACUCAGCAGCUGCAAACUCCGCCACAGCUUGGAUUCCAGCGACUCAGACUCCACCCAGUGAGCUGACAACCCCCAUGGCAAACAGAGGGUUAAAUGUCCCUCCAAGAUGCCCCAGCUUUUCAGCAAAUAAAGAGCUUUUCUGUGCGCUGCCACUGGGGGACCACUAGAGGGCGCAGCAGGUGCACACGGCUGGACUGAGGGGUUCAGUGGACUGUCUGAUGGCACCCAGCCUUGCCAAGGAGUUGAGAAAGUUUACUGACUAAUGUAAGUUUGGCUGUGAAGAGGUUAAGUCUCCACUUUUGGACUGAAUGGACAAGUAGGUUGCUUGUUGGGGAAGAAAAAUCUAAAUCUGACUUUUUUUUUUAACCCUUUCCUUCCUGGGGUGUGCACCUUAGCUGUGUAUAAGAACGGGUUAAAGUUAUUUUUGUAAAAUUUAGAGAAAAAAAAUAUAUAUUUGCGAGGAAAUCGUAUGUAUAAAUAUUUAUUUUUGCACCUGCACCGCUUUAUUUCCCCCCCAUUUGUUAUAUUUGUAUAAAGAGCUAUUUACAUUGACAUUUAUUAUAAAUAAACACCAUGGCAAAGUG